CUCUACCUAUCACUAGAUACAAACCAGGCUUCCUUUCUAGGGCAAUAUCAGACCGAAAGGCGCAGAUCGCUCUCUCGAACACCACCUUCCAUGGCGGAUCCUUCCACCACUUCUGCAACCGUUGAACAAAAUCCUCAGCAAUCCGAACCUGAUAAUCCGCCAAUUCAAUUGGAUGCGCCACCCGCCGUAACACCAUCGCCCUCAAGAACCACGACGUCGUUGGCUACACCGGUUACAGUAAACCCUAAUUCCAAUUCACAGCUCAUGUCUUCGGUACCCCAGCCGAUCCAACAGUUCGCGCCACCGCCGAUCUCGUCAGGGGGCGUCGUGUUACCGCCAGCACCUUCGUUCCGGCCGGCGCCGCCACCUGUUCAGAUGCUAGCCCCGCAGUUCUCUCCCGUCCCCAACGCUAACUUACAGAAUUCGAAUUUUCAGAACCCUAAUGUUCCGCCGCCGGGAGUGAGUCCUGUGCCGGUAAUGAUGUCCUAUCAGAUUCCUCCGCCGGGGCAGCCUCCAAACCCAGCUUUGAGACCGUACGCGCCUGUGCCGAAUGGCUAUCCUGCUAUUCCAGCACCUGGUCCUCAAGGGGCUGUGCCUCCUCCGGGUGGGUUCUCUUCUCUGUAUUUAUCUUGAUAUUUGAACUCUCUUAUUCUGUAGCCUAUGGCGGAAUUUUGAAUUGUUAUUUUUAGGUCUUAUUUUGUGAUUGUGUCCAAUUGUGUUAGAAUUUUGAUAAUAUAAUUAGUUGUUGGUUAUUAUUUAUGUGCGAUUUGAUUGUACAUGGUACUCUCUGAAUAUCUAUACAUGGAACUCUGUGGACAUCUUAAACACCUACAUAUUGGGAGAAAAUAAAAGAAAUGGACUUUUGUUUUUCUUUGAAUUUCUCGCAGUUGGGUCCAUCUUUUGCUUGGAAUUUUUGUUGUCUGUGAUAAUUGUUGUUGUUUCGGAAUCCUCCUGAAUGUAAUAUCAAACUGGCUUGUGAAACUGUGUGCACAUCUUUAAGAUAUUCAAGCAUUAAAAGAUGAAGUAAAGAAGUAUUUUUGUGAUAUAAAUAAUGUGACUUUAAGUUAAAAGUAUGGUUUAUAAUACAUAGUGGUUGUGAUACGUAAGGUUAAUGGUCUGAUUUUGGUGGGGAAAAAUUUGGUUGAGAGGGGUUCAGAGAGAUUCUAAUCGUCUUGGUUAGAUAAGGGGUAUCGAUGACAGGAUGUUUUCUCCUACAGUGUCUUGAUUGAUAACGAUGGUUGGAAGGCUUCAUAUUGCUUAGAGACCCCAUCUACAACUCCUUUUUGGUAUGCACAUAUUUGCUUAGUAUUUUUGAUUGUCUUUAAAAUAGAAAUUGUUUUAGUGGAGAAUUUAUUGUUUCUACGCCAAACUGGCCUCAGAAAUUACAAAUCGAACAUUAUUCCAAAAUUCGAAGAAUUAUACUUUCCAUUUGCCAUGCUAAACAAUGUCUGCCUGUGUCAUGUUCCUACUUUGUGGUAGUCAUAAGGAUUCUUUCCCUUUCAUGGGUCUUGAACUGCCGGAAGCUGACAAUGUUGGCAACUGAGUGCUCGUUGCCCUUGUAUUCCAAGGUAUCACAAUCCUUUCAAUUACACUUUUUCUCUAUAUUUCCUUUCUUUGUGUUUGUUAUGCUGCACAUUGGGCUGAUAGCAAUUGAUAUAAUAAAGAUGAUGGAACAUUAAAAUAUAUUGUAUUAUCCAUUCCCUUGGCGACAUGAGAUGCUGGAAGUCUCAUGUUAGUCAAUUUCAAAAUUCCACAAGUGGUGCCAUGGGAUAGUUUGAGGAGGCUAUUAUUUGCGAGUGGAUGAUAAGGUAAGCCUUCUUUACAUAUCCAUGAUUUUAUGAAUUCGAUGCUAUUUUCCUUAUGUUUCCUUCAGGUUAUCUAUUCAGCUGGUGAUAGUUGCCAUGCCUGUGCUGCCAUCUCUAAUAUGCUUGAGUUCCUCGCUAUCCCUCUCCUUAUGCAACUAUGGUUCGUCCUGCAUUUCCUCCUCGUCCACCAGGAGCAAUUGGGAUGCUUCCUGCACUGUCACGCCCUCCUGUUCCAGGGAUGCCAGGAGUUCGUCCAAUUAUGCCUCCUGUUGUUAGACCAGCUAUUGUCCCUGUUGCUGCACCAACAGAGAAACCACAAACCACGGUUUAUGUUGGCAAAAUAGCAUCAACAGUGGAAAAUGAUUUUAUUCUCUCUCUCCUUCAAGUUUGUGGACCUGUCAAGAGUUGGAAACAUGCUCAAUAUCCCAUAGAUGGAACUCCCAGAGGCUUGGGAUUCUGUGAAUUUGAGUCUCCUGAAGGGGUUCUCCGUGCUUUACGCCUGCUGACUAAAUUCAAUGUUGAUGGGCAGGAACUGGUGUUAAAUGUUAAUCAAGCAACAAGAGAAUAUCUAGAGCGGUAUGUUGAAAAGAAAACUGAAAACUCAAAGAAACCACAAGAAUCUGACAUUGAAGGAUCUGAGAAAGAGCAAGAAAGUGUACCAGGUGUUGAGCAGAAUGAAAUUCUAAAGCCUUCUUUAGAGGACUCAAAGAAGGAUGGAAAUGAGUUGGUGAACAAAGAAAAUCAAGACAAUGCUUCCUUUGGGAUUGUGACUGAUGAAGAUAGAGAAGCUGAUCGUGAGGCUUUGGAGAAGCUUACGAGUAUGAUGGAAGAGAGGAUAAAGACAAAACCACUUCCUCCCCCACCCGCACAAGGGGCUGCAGAUGGUUCUGAAAACACAAACUCAGAACUGCCUACUAAGUCAAGAGAUUCAGAUGUGGAUGUAAUGAGAAAUGAUGCAGCAGAAGAUGAUGAAACUACUAGUGAAAACAAACCUAAAAGUGAUCAGGAGAGGCUUGAAAGAAGUUCACCUGACAGGAGUAGAAGAUAUGACAGGAGGAGCAGAGAGAGGGACAGAGACCGGGAGCUAAAACGGGAAAAGGAACGGGAAUUUGACAGACUUGAGAGAGAAAGGGAGCGAGAACGAGUUAGGAGAGAGAAGGAGCGAGAGAUAAAAAUUGAGAGGGCUGAAAAUUUAUAUAGGGAGCGUGUCAAGGAGUGGGAGUAUAGAGAAAGAGAGAAAGAGUAUCAGCGACAGCAUGAAAAGGAGAGGGAAAAAGAAAGGGAACGGGAGCGGAGGAGGGAAAUCUCAAAUCAGGAACGUGACAAUGACGAAGAUGAUUCCAGAAAAAGGAGGCGCAGGAGUAGUGAGGUAGAAGAGAAGAGAAAGAAGAGGCAAAGAGAAAAGGAGGAAGACUUGGCUGACAGAUUAAAAGAGGUGGAAGAAAUUGCUGAGACCAAUAGGAGGGCAAGUGAGGAGGAGCAACAGCAGCAGCAGGAGCAACAAAACAAUGCAGUCAAGCUUUUGGCUCUUCAUGCAACUACCGGAAGUGAAAAAGAAGUUCUGACUGAUGAAACUGAUGCACAAAAUAAAGAUAAAGCUGUUGAACAGGCUUAUGAGGGUGAUUCAAGUCAUCAGAACCAUAUUGGUGAUGGAAUAUUACAAAACGGCACUGGAGAUGAAUCGGCCAUGGCAUCGCUUGCUGCAUCAGAUGUGCGGCAGAGUAGCAAUCUCCCUGCCAGAAAAUUGGGUUUUGGUCUAGUUGGUUCUGGAAAGCGAACUGCUGUCCUGUCUGUUUUUCAUGAGGAGGAGGAUGAUGAUGCACAUAAGGAGAAAAAGAUGAGACCUCUGGUUCCCAUUGAUUAUUCGACUGAAGAAUUGCAGGCUGUCCAACCUACCAUUUCUGGGCCAUCACCAUCAAAUUUGGUUGCAGCAGCAGAAUUUGCUAAGCGCAUCACCAAUGUUAAAGAUGACAAGUCUGAUAUAGAGAAAGAAAGAAAUAGACGUGCUUAUGAUAGGUCAAGCCACCGUGAUAGGAAUGAUGAGGAUAUUAAUCGUGCCAGAGAUGAGAACAGAGAGAAGUUUCUUGAUCGGGACAGGGAUCGAGAACAUGGACCAGAAAAAUUGAGGACUCCAGAUAAUAAGAAGCUUUUAGAUGCCAAACAAUUGAUUGAUAUGAUCCCUAAGACUAAGGAGGAGUUAUUCUCAUAUGAGAUAAAUUGGGGCGUGUAUGAUAAGCAUGAGCUACAUGAGAGAAUGAGGCCUUGGAUCUCAAAGAAGAUUACAGAGUUUUUAGGAGAGGAAGAAGCUACGCUUGUGGAUUACAUUGUAUCCAGCACUCAAGAACAUGUUAAGGCAUCCCAAAUGCUGGAGCUACUUCAAUCCAUCUUAGAUGAUGAAGCAGAAAUGUUUGUGCUCAAGAUGUGGAGGAUGCUUAUCUUUGAAAUUAAGAAAGUAGAGACAGGUCUCUCUUUGAGGUCAAAAACUUGACAGGACCUGGUAUGCUUGUUAUUUCUUCUUGCAGGACAAACAUUCUUAAUUUUUUUUUCCCUUGGGUUGCUGUUUCAAUGUCAUAUCCUGUUAUCCUAGAAGAAAACGCCUUCAUCAGGCUUGAAAUUGUACUUCAAGUGUAUUGUUUCAAAAUACAAGAGUCCAUUUUUGUUUCCA